GUUGUCAAUAAAUAAAUUCACUUGUUGCUAAAACCCAACAAUAAUAAUAAUAUUAUUAACAAAAUUUCCACCAGCAUAAUGUUCAAGGUUAUAACUAAUUUAAAUAAGCCUCAUGCUAUCCACAACGUUUGUAAAGCUGGUUUGCAUGUUUCCAGCGUCAGAGCCUCGCAAAAAUUUACCGAAGUUACACAAUCUAAUGGCAUACGAGAGAUAUGUUUAAAUGAGCCCAAAACACGCAACUCCCUGUCAAUGGGUAUGAUGGAUUCUAUAUUGGAGGCCCUCACAAAAGAUUGGCAUAAUAAAGAAUUGCGUUGUAUUGUGUUGAGCGCCCAAGGACCGGUAUGGUCGGCUGGCCAUAAUUUGAAAGAGCUCAUACCCGGCAGUGAACAGAAUCGCCAGAAGGAGGUAUUCCAAAAGCUAAGCGAUAUAAUUUUAAAUAUAUAUAAAGCACCGGUACCUGUGGUAGCAAAAGUUAAUGGUUUGGCGGCAGCAGCCGGUUGCCAACUGGUGGCCUCUUGUGAUAUGAUUAUAGCCUCGGAAAAGAGUACUUUCUCUACACCCGGGGCCAAUUUUGGUGUAUUUUGCUCUACACCCGGCAUUGCUAUAUCGCGCGUUAUGGCUAGACCCCAAUCAGCCUAUAUGCUAAUGACCGGUUUGCCCAUUACAGCCCAGGAAGCUUUUAUAGCCGGCCUUGUAAGUCGUGUAGUACCCGAAACGGAAUUAGAAGCCGAAAUGCAAAAAGUCACUGAGGCCAUUAAACAUAAAAGUCGCACUGUUAUUGCUUUGGGCAAAGAAUUCUAUUACAAACAAUUGAAUUUGUCCAUUGAACAAGCAUAUAAACUAGGAGCUGAGAAAAUGUUGGAAAAUCUUGAACUAAAAGAUUGCCAAGAAGGCCUUACAAGUUUUGUGGAAAAACGCAAAGCCCAAUGGAAACAUGAAUAGAUUAGAGCAUUUAAGUUUUAAUGUGCAUUUAUUAGACAUUAUGUAAUGAAAAGUAUAUACAUAUGUAUAUUUUUAAUAAACAAGUUUUUAAAUUAA